UCUAGCGCUGUUUGGUGUGUCUCUUUUGUUUUGAUUUCACAAUUUGUUGGAUUGGUUUGAUUUAUUGUACAAAACUGCGCCAAACACAAUGCCCAAGGAGAAAUCCAAGUCCCGACAUCGAAGUCGCAGUCGCGAGCGGAGAGAUCGGAGUCCGGACCACAAGAGCAGUCGCCAUAGAGAGCGGGAAACGGAGAGAGAUCGAAGGGACAAGGACAAGGAGCGUGAUCGUCGCCGUGAAAGGGACCGCAGCCGGGAAAAGCGCAAGGAACACAAAAGCAGCAGCAGCAGCAGCCGAAAACGACGCUCCUCAUCUUCCUCCUCCUCCUCCCGCACCGGAGGCCCCAAGUCGCCGCUGGCCAAGAGUUCAAUGAAGCUGCUGCAAACGCUGGAGGCGCGUCGCCUGCGGGAGCAGCAGGAUCGCCAGCGGAAGAAGGAGGAGCUAAAGGCCCAGGAGACGCCCGAGGAGAAGCGAUCUCGACGCUUGCGCGAGAAGCAGGCCAAGGAGCAGCGUCGCCGCCAGCGAAUGGGCUGGGACAAUGAGUACCAAACAUACUCCAACGAGGACAAUCCCUUUGGCGACUCCAAUCUCACCUCCACAUUUCACUGGGGCAAGAAGCUGGAGGUGGAGGGUCUAUCCAAUCUCUCGACCAAAACCGUGGAGGUGCUGUCGCUGCAAAAGCAGCUGGAGAACCGGCGCGAGCUGGAGAAGGUGAAGAAGCGACGCCAAGAGCGCGAACUGGAGCGGCAGGUGCGCGAGGACGACAUGAUGAUGCAGCAACGCGCCAAAGAGGCGGUCCAGUUCCGUGAGUGGCAGCGGCAGGAGGAUCAGUUUCAUCUAGAGCAGGCACGCCUGCGCAGCGAGAUUCGCAUCCGUGAUGGCCGGGCCAAGCCCAUCGAUCUGCUGGCCCAGUAUGUGGCCGCCGGCAAUGCUCCGCUCGAGGAAUCCCUCGAAAUGCAAAUGCACGAGCCCUACAUGCUGCUCAAUGGCCUGCCCAUGGAGGAGCUGGAGGAUCUGCUGGUGGACAUCAAGGUGUACGAGGAGCUGGAGCAGGGCAAGCAUAUUGAUUUCUGGAACGACAUGAUCACCAUUGUGCAGGAUGAGCUGCAGAAGCAGCAGAAACUGCUGGCCGAGGGCAAUGCCCUAAAUCAACGGCGAGAUGGCAUCCAUCAGAGUGUCGUCAAGGAUGUGGCCGAUAUAUUUAGGGGCAAGAAUGCCCACCAGCUGGAGGAGAUGCGUCAGCGCAUCGAGGCCAAGAUCAGCGGUCGAGCAGAUGGCGUGGACAUCAGCUACUGGGAGAGUCUGCUCUCGCAGCUCAAGGCGCACAUGGCUCGGGCUCGCCUACGCGACCGUCACCAGGCGCUGCUCCGCGAGAAACUGCUGCUGCUCAAGAAGGAGAACGAUGACGAGACGCAGGUGGGGCAGGAGGAUAUGCCGCAAGUCAAGAAGGAGGAGGAGGAUGAAGCAGAGAUGGAGACCCAGGAAGCCGAGAAUCCAGAAGAUGGAGAUUCCGCCGAGGAAGAUCCCCUCAAGGAGCUACGCGAUGCAGCGCGUCUCUACCAGGCGGGCAACUACAGUCCGCGCUAUAUACGCGAGGAGGACUUCACGGGACGGAGGCUUCAAAACGAAGACGACGACGAUGUUGAGGGCGAAGGUGCCCUGUAUGAGGAGGAGGAUGACGAGCGGCGGAUACAGCGUCAACGCCUGCUGGUCCUACAUCCGGAACGCGUCGACACCAACCAACUAACGCCACAAGAGCUUCGCAUGCGUAACGAGGCGCGCCAGGGUAUGCAGGGCGACGAGGCCGAGUUCAGUGUGGAAACCACCCUGGACGCUGUGCCCCAGCUGGCCACAGAUAAGUAUCGUCCCCGAAAGCCCAGAUACUUUAAUCGUGUCCACACCGGCUUCGAGUGGAACAAAUACAAUCAGACGCAUUAUGAUAUGGACAAUCCGCCGCCAAAGAUCGUCCAGGGCUACAAGUUUAACAUCUUCUAUCCCGAUCUAAUGGACAAAUCACAGACGCCGCAAUACUUUCUCACUCCCUGUGCGGACAACGGUGACUUUGCCGUGCUGCGGUUCCACACGGGGCCGCCGUACGAGGAUAUUGCCUUCAAGAUCGUCAAUCGGGAGUGGGAGUUUAGCUACAAGAGGGGAUUCCGCUGUCAGUUCCACAACAACAUCUUCCAGCUGUGGUUCCACUUUAAGCGGUAUCGCUACCGUCGCUAGGGUGUCUAGAGAAGCUGGAGAAAAGCAAGUACCUCUCAUUAUUUUAUUAUAACUAUUUUUUUGUAGUGCUUGUAAAAGUUCAAAAUAAAGUGUGAGAAUAAAGUGUGAA